UUUGCCAUCCGGCAUCUAACGGCGUCACUUCCGGAUUUCGCUCCUUUUUCCUGUCCCUUAUCAACGGUGUGACCCGCGUGUUUACACACUCUCAGAUGAAGGAGUCGAUAAUGAACCAGGAAAAGCUUGCCAAACUGCAGGCUCAGGUCCGCAUAGGCGGCAAGGGGUCAGCUCGCAGAAAGAAGAAGGUGGUGCACAGAACGGCUACAGCAGAUGAUAAGAAGCUGCAGUUUUCCCUGAAGAAACUGGGAGUCAACAAUAUCUCUGGCAUUGAAGAGGUGAAUAUGUUCACAAACCAUGGGACAGUGAUCCACUUUAAUAACCCAAAGGUUCAGGCCUCCUUGGCUGCCAACACUUUUACAAUCACAGGACACGCUGAGAACAAACAGAUCACAGAGAUGCUCCCGGGAAUCCUAAACCAGCUGGGAGCUGACAGUCUCACCAGCCUCCGGAGAUUAGCAGAGAAUCUGCCUAAACCAGGAGACAACAAAGCUCCCAUGGUUGCUGCUGAAGAGGAGGAUGAUGAAGUUCCAGAUCUCGUUGAAAACUUUGAUGAGGCUUCAAAGAAUGAAGCAAACUAACAACCACCAGCAAACAUUUUGGAAAACCUUCUGGCUCGCCUUGCUUUGGCACAGAAGGUUCAUCAGCUUUGUUCAUCUGUUUUUGCUUUGUGUUCACAAAGUGUUACAGUUGGUAUAAAACAAGUAAAAUCAGCUUUUUAUGGAAGCUUUUACGAAGCCCUUCGUGUCACUUGUUCUGCAGUACGAGUGAAAUUAUUUAAGUGGAAUGUGCAAACCUUUUUAUUUCUCACGCUGCCUCUUCUGCAUUGUGAUGUCCACACAUUGAAAAAUGUAAUGGUGGAAUGAAUCAUGAAAUAAAAAUUACUUUUCUCAUUUAUCA